CGCAAACAAGCCCAGAUCCACUCACCCCCGUCGAGCCAACCGCCGCUGUUCUGAUACGAUGGCCAUGGAGACGUCGCCUCGGCUCCACCGCCGACUCAGAAAAGCAUACGAUCUCGCCGUCGCCAACACCGCUCUCCCGCCGUCCAAGCGAAUGCGUAUGAGAGAUGAACACAUCAGCUGCUGCGUCGACAUGAUCAGCAGCCUACCUGAUGAGAUACUGAUCAUGAUCCUUGACAAGCUAGAUGCACUCACAACAAUAACCACCACUAUCCUGUCAAAGCGGUGGCUAAAUCUUCCUCGGCGAUCGCACACAUGUUAUGACCUUUCCAUUUAUGAGAUUCUCCCUCCACGCUACCACAGACUGAAGAAAAUAACCGCGGAGGCUAGGGCUGGGUAUGAAGCAGAGAAGAAGGCACGGAAUCUGACUGACAGUUGUGCUUUCAAAGACCAGUAUGAUCGGUUUUAUGCCAUCAAAGACCAGUAUGAGCGGUGCAUGGGGAAGGUCCGUUUGCUCACACCCAUCCUGCAACGUUAUGAGCGUCUCGCCAUGCGACGAUAUGUGAAACGGGUGAAUGCAUUCCUUCUGCCUCCCAAUAAUGUUCAGCAACGGUCCAUCCAGAAGCUGAGGCUUCAAACCUUUAGCACGAGCAGUUUAGAUCAAUGGAUUCCGGCAGCGGUUGGCAGAUGGGGAGUUGAGGAUUUGGAGAUUACCAUUGAGAACUCUUGGCAUCCAUAUAACUUCCGGCUAUUGGAUGGAUGCCAGAAUGUGCGACUCAAACGCCUUGUGCUAUCCAAUUGCUGUCAUUAUGGACGCACUCCGUUGUUUUUUCAGAGGCUCACAACACUUACUCUGUGCGAUAAAAGUUUACGUGUUCACAUCCUAUAUGAUAUUCUGAUAAACUGUGUUCUGCUGGUGGAUCUGAGGCUGAAAAAUUGUUCGUAUCACUCGCAACCUUAUCGCUUCAAUUUUCCUGCCUCAAGGUUAAAGAAUCUGCAAUUGGACAACUGCAGCAUCUGGAAAAUCUAUCUGACUUCGCUGCCUUGUCUUGAAACAUUUGCUUUUCGGGGCCGGCCAGCGAAACUACAGUAUGGUGAGGUGCCUCAACUUAGGCAUGUGAGUUUGGACUUCCUGGAAACUGGAGAUAAUGGCGAUAACGACAACUUCCGUAGGAAAAGUACCUAUGCACUAGACAAAUUCUUUAAAGGGACGCCGCCACCACUGGAGUACCUUGUUCUGCAAUUGAAAGGGCAUCAGAUGUGGAUUGAACCAACUAACAUAGCUAGCCGGCUCAAUCAUCUGAAGAAGUUAUUCGUUGCAAACGUGCCAAGGAGCUGGGACACAUUCUGGAUCUUCAUCCUGUUUGCCGCUGCACCUUUCUUGCAGUUGCUCCAAGUUCAUUUUGACAAAAACUCAGAGAGGGCGAGCGCUGCUGGAUCACUAGAUGUGCAGGUGGAGCAACCGCAAGGGCACCGUCACCUGAGAGAACUCGUGGUCAUCGGCUUCGAUGGCACAGAGUGGCAGACCAGCUUUGUGAAGCGGAUCAUGACAGCGUCCCGGUGGCUGGGGUGCGUCCACCUGCUGGACGGGCACGUUGUGGAAGACGGAGAGCAGGGGAUCGUCAAUCUGAAGGUAGUCCCGCGCCGGCAGGAGUGGCACGAGUGCGAGAGAUCCGAGGUCCUCGACGAGCUUACAGAUGGAACUGGCUUUCCGCGUCGCAAGAUAGUCUUGGAAUGACUUCCGAUAAUUUAGUACGGAGUAUGUGCUGGUGGCCGGCCUCCCUUUGUUGGCGUUGUAGCUGUAUGGCACGGCCUAAUUAUGCUGGCCUAAAGGACAGAACAUGUGUUUAUAUUUGGGUAUCUUAUGCAGAUGAUGCAGCUAGCUGUUCAUAAUGUGGCUUGACUCGGCAAAAAUUACCA